AUCAGCAAGCAUAGCAUAGCAACUAUUACAUUUCUUUGGUCCUUCGAGCAAAACGGUUGCGGGGCCCAUCGGUGAUCAAGUGCGCGGUAAUCGAGCAGAGUUUCGCGUGUGAUCAUUUGUGCCGUUGUGGUAACAACUCGUAACACCAACAUCAUCGGUCAGCAUCAGCAUUAGUCACUUGGCAAGGGUCAGGUGGCUCAGCAGCACUGUCAACAACUUCCUUCUGGAUCCACGGGGGGAGACACGACAGUAAGCAGUUAGCAGUCGCAGUUCAUCAGUCAAUCAAGUAAGAUUGUUCCUUUAUCACUUUAACUUCCAAUUCAUCAUGGAAGGCAUCAUCAUUCGUCAAAAAGAAAUUGUUGACAAACUAAAGCAAAUUCAAUCAUCCUUUGGAAAGGAUUCUUCUACUAGAAAAACGCCGGAAUACAUCCAAAAGCGUUUAGAAGCAAUAGAUAAUCUCUGGGGAGAAUUUGAUCAAAAUCAUACUGAAUUACAAUCCGUAGAGGAUAAAUCGCAGCAAUAUUUUACUGAAAAUAUUUACGAGCAAAUGUUUGAUUUUUACAAAGCAUUACGAGAAACCAUCUCUUCUUACGGAAAGGAAGAGAAGGCCGCCCAAUCAGAUAGUAAAGUUAUUGAACUUCUAGGGCAACAACGAACAAAUUUUAGAGCAUUAAAUAGGCUUAUACAGAGCAUAAAUACAAACGAAAUCAAUGAAAAAUGGGAAAUCGAGGAUGAAUUACGUAACUUACAAGCGCGGUGGAACAUCAUAGAUAGCAUGCACUUGCAAAUAGAUAACAUAUUGCAAGGCAGUGAUAUAUUUUACGAAAAAGAACUUUCAUCUCACGAAUCUUCUUUUAAACGCAUAAAGAGGAUUUUAAAUCAGAAGUUGUGUUCGUCUACUCAUGUUCAGCAAGCUACGCCAGUGUUAGAUAUACCUGUUUUUACGGGAAAAUACACUCAGUGGCCCACAUUUUUUGACCUAUUUGUGGAAACUAUUCACAAUAACAACAUUUUGUCCAAAACUCAAAAAAUGCAGCACCUUAAGGGUAAAGUCAGAGGGGAGGCUGAACGUCUCAUUCAGCAUCUCACUAUAUCAGCAGAAAAUUACGAUACCGCAUGGGAAAUAUUAAUCCAUAGGUAUAAUAAUCCGCAAUUAUUAUUUACCAAGCAAAUUGAGAUUUUUCUUAAUCAACCUAACAUCAAUAAACAGUCAUCUUUUGAACUUAAACGUUUAUAUGACACAAGCACCGAAUGUAUUCAUGCAAUCCACAAUCUUGGAGUGGAUACUAGCACCUGGGAUCCACUAUUAGUUCAUCUUCUAGCCAAAAAGUUAGACAUGGAUACCUAUAGCGAUUACAAGGAGGCUCGUAAAUCUCCUAGAGAUUUACCAGCGUUAGAUGAAUUCAUGGAGUUUUUAGAAACAAAAUUCAUUGCUCUCGAACCUAUACAUAAACGGGAAAGAGAGUAUACUUCUCCUAAAAGUAGUUCAACAUCUCAAUAUCAUUCCAAGCCAUCAUACAACAAUAAUCAAGGUCAAGGGAAACCUUUCUCCAAAUUUUAUAAAGCAGCAUCAACUUAUACUCCAAAAUGUCCAUUAUGUACUCAUGAUCACGAAUUAUAUCGUUGCCACAAAUUCAUUAGCAUGACAGCGGAUAUGAAAUUAAAAACUGUGUCGAAAUAUAAAGUAUGUCAAAAUUGUCUAUUCAAGCAUAUUGGUAAAUGCUAUUCCUUAAAACGUUGUAAGGAAUGCAAUGACGAGCAUAAUACUUUACUGCAUGAUUCAUUUGCGCAAUCGAACCACAUAGCAACGAAACAAUCGAGUUCGACACCUACUGGUUCAUCAGCAAAAUCGAUUGACAAACAGCAUUGCGUUAAUCACGUGGCUUCCGAAGAUGAGGAAGUUUUGUUAACAACUUUAUCAUUGAGAGUGAAGGCCGCCGACGGAACCUACGUCACUCUCAGAGCAUUACUAGAUCAGGGAUCACAAAUAGCACUUAUCUCUGAGAACGCUGCACAGAUGCUAGGGUUGCAGAGACAACGUUAUCAUGCAUCAGUUUCAGGCAUAGGAAACGGUUCCAAGACUAGCAAAGGAGUCGUAUCCAUUGAAUGCCAAUCUAUUUACAACGACUACAACUUUACAACACAAGCAUUAGUAAUAUCACGUGUUAUUAACAACUUACCGAACAGCUCAUUUAGCAAGCAAUUUUGGCCACAUUUACAGCAUAUAGAUUUAGCAGAUCCUGAUUACAACGUAUCCAAACCGAUUGACAUUUUAUUGGAUGCGAGUGUUUAUUCGGAUAUAAUUAUGAGCGGUUUGAUUAAAGGCCCUGUCCAGGCGCCUAUAGCACAGCAAACAAAGUUAGGCUGGAUUCUCUCUGGCAAUGUAAAAACUUUUAACUGCCACGUAGUCAUCAACGAAUUGAAAGACAUAGCAAAGUACUGGGAGUUAGAAGAUAUAAAUGAAAGCACUAGCACAUUGACUAGAGAGGAACAGUACUGCGAAGACUUUUAUCAGGCUACUACAACUCGCCUAGACAGUGGGAGGUAUGUAGUGGCACUUCCAAUGAAGCAAGAUUUUGAACAGAGCUUAGGUUCAUCUAAACCGAAAGCUAUAGCACAAUUUAAGCAAUUGGAGCAUAAAAUGGCAAAAAACAGUGCAUUCUCAAGCAGUUAUAAGCAGUUUAUUCAUGAAUAUCAAGAGCUAAAACACAUGCGUGAGGCUGGUGGUGACGAACCUAGUUGUUACUUACCUCAUCAUGGCGUCUUCAAGUUAGACUCAAGCACUACAAAACUACGUGUAGUAUUCAAUGGCUCAUCAAAGACCACCACAGGCCACAGUCUGAAUGACUUGAUGGAAUGUGGUCCCAACCUUCAAGUUGACCUACAAAAUCUCAUCUUAAGGUGGAGACAGCAUAAAUACGUGAUAACUGCGGACAUCGAGAAAAUGUUCCGUCAGAUACUCGUCAGGGAUUCAGAUCAACCCCUACAGUCUAUCAUUUGGCGCGACUCGCCUUCAGAGCCACUUCGUGAAUACCAUCUCACGACAGUUACAUAUGGGACUAAGGCAGCCCCAUUUUUAGCAAUUAGAACUUUGAGACAACUUGCUAAGGAUGACGCAUCGAAGUAUCCUUUAGCAGCAGCAGCAUUAGAGAGUUCAUUCUUCACUGAUGAUCUCCUAAGUGGACAUAAUAGCAUUGAGCAAACAAAAGAGCUACAAAAUCAAUUAAUACAGAUGUUACAGGGUGCAGGAAUGAAUUUGAGAAAAUGGUCGGCAAACACCAAGGAACUGGUGGCUGACUUAUCAUCCAAUCAAGUUGAAACACCCUUCGAUUUCAAAUGUUCAGAGUCCCGUAAGACCCUCGGGCUACGGUGGCAUCCUUCAACAGAUAAUUUUUCAUUUCAAAGUACUAUUGAUCAAAAGGAAGCCAAUCAUACUAAACGACAACUUCUAUCUGAUAUUUCCAAAAUUUUCGACCCACUAGGUUGGCUUUCUCCUCUUACAAUUAAAGCAAAAUUAUUAUUUCAAAAAGCAUGGACGUCAGGUAUGGCAUGGGACGAUAAAUUAUCACAGCAAUUGCAAGAGGAAUGGCAUCUAUUAAAAGAUGACCUCAAAAACAUUGAUAAAUUUUCAAUACCACGCUAUUUAGGUAACACAUUAAUUACAUACAAAAUACACGGAUUUUGCGAUGCAUCCGAAAAAGCAUACGCGUGUUCUAUUUACAUCGUAACAAAUAACAAUAAAGGAGAAUGCACAUCGACAUUAGUAAUAGCAAAAACAAGACUAGCUCCAUUAAACAAGCAAGUCUCACUACCGAGGCUUGAGUUGUGCGGUGCACAACUUUUAUCACAACUUAUGAAGAAAGUUGUCCAAGCAUUACCUAAUAACGACAACGUAUCAAUUCACGCAUGGACUGACUCCAUGGUGGCCUUAGGAUGGAUCCAUGGAGAUGUCACGCGUUGGAAGCAAUUUGUAGCAAAUAGAGUCAAUCAAAUCAAAGAGGUCAUCCCAGCCUCUCAAUGGAAUCACGUGCGGUCAGAAGACAACCCAGCUGAUUCCGCAACCAGGGGUUCAACAGUGAAAACCCUACUAGAGCAUUCGUUGUGGUGGCAAGGGCCCAAAUGGCUUACUACAUUUGACCCCAAUGAAUUUAGCAACAAAAAAUAUCAAAGCCCAAUGAUAGAGGCAAAACAAGCAUGUGUAAAUACUGCUUUACAUCAUAGCAACCAAUCUACACUUAUAACUGAAUUACUGCAAAAUAAUAAUUCAAUUACUCGCGUUAUAAAAACAAUAGCAUGGGUUUCACGUUUCGUGGCGCGCUUGCGUCAUAGGUCAUCGGAGUGUAAUGAACUUCUAUCGCCAACUGAAAUUGAAAAUGCAUACAACAUUGUCAUCAAAGACACUCAAGCAAGAGAUUUUGAAAAUGAAUUAAUUCAAUUACAGAGCAAGGGCCACGUGAAACCAAAUAGCAAGAUAGCAAGUUUACAUCCAUUUUUAGAUGAGCAUGGAAUCAUGAGAGUUGGUGGUCGGCUAAAUAAUUCGGAUCUCAGCAGCUCUGCCAAACACCCGAUCAUUUUAUCAAAUCAUAGCCGACUUACGGACCUCAUUAUCAGUCAAGGACACAUAACAACCCUACACGGGGGUCCUAGACUUACACUAUCAUACAUCAGAGAGAAAUACUGGAUUCUUAGUGGAAUGAAUACAGUAAAAAGACAACUCAGAAUGUGUGUAACAUGUAGACGUUAUAGCACUGAAAAGAGACAGCAAAUAAUGGCAGACUUACCUCGGGCUCGGGUAACUCCAUCACGUCCCUUUGCACACACAGGAGUUGACUUCACAGGUCAUGUUGACCUGAAAGCAAGCAAGGGUAGAGGCGUACGGUGUCAUAAAGGAUACAUAGCAAUUUUUGUAUGUCUCUCUACCAAAGCAGUUCAUCUCGAGCUGGUCUCGGACCUAAGCACGCCUGCCUUCCUAGCAGCGUUUCGUCGCUUUUGUGCACGUCGUGGUGUUCCUACUCACAUGUACAGCGACAACGGCACUAAUUUUGUAGGUGCCAAUCGAUUACUGAAAAAAGAGUACAAGGAGAUAACAGCAAAUAUCAAUCAUGAGUUCUUCAACAACAUAGCCGAAUGGGAUAUAAAAUGGUCAUUUAACUCACCCGCAUGGCCGUCCGCAGGGGGUUUGUGGGAAGCAGCAGUCAAGAGUUUUAAACACCACCUAAAACGAACACUUGGCGAGCAACGACUCACAUACGAGGAGUUUAGCACAUUAAUUCAACAAAUAGAAGCCUGUCUCAACUCGAGACCCCUAUUCCCUCUGACUGAAAACCCUGAAGAUGACUUUCUAACACCAGGUCAUUUUCUUAUUGGUGGCUCUCUAUUAUCACGACCUCAGGGAGAUGACAAUAUGAACCUUCCCAGUAGAUGGCAACUUUUACAAAGCAUGAUAAAGCAUUUUUGGAAGAGGUGGUCAACAGACUACCUUCAGCAGCUCCAAGCUCGAUCCAAAUGGAGAACUCCUAGCAAAAACAUCGAUAUCAACGAUAUUGUUCUAAUCAAGGACGAUUACUUACCGCCCGGGAAAUGGGUCAUGGGCCGAGUGUAUGACAUCCACCCCGGUAAAGACGGAUACGUUAGAGUAGUAUCUGUCAAAACACAAAACAGCAUAAUAAAAAGACCGAUUACGAAAUUGGUACUUUUACCUGUUCAUGAGAUGUCAUCAGAACAGAAUCAGCAUCCAGCAAAGCAAGAAGUACAGCAAGGCACAAAUAAAAGGCCUAACAGAAGCAGUAAUAAAAUAAUCAAUGGCUUAGUAACAACUUUAUUGUGUUUUGCAAUGUUAAUUUCACCAACUGUCCAGCAAAAUUCACAGCCCUACAACGUCACUCAAAUUACAGAAAACAAGGGGUUGUACUUCGACAAAAUAUCUAAUCUACAGUACAUCAGAGACGAGUGGAAGCUUGUUGUCUAUUACAACUUAUCAUCUUACUAUCAAGGAUUAACAAACAUUGAAUCUUAUGUAAAUCAUCUAUCACAGAGCUGCAAACCUCUACCUAAACAAUAUCAAACACUUACCUCUCAAUUAAAUCAUGAAUUGAGCGAAAUUCAGCAUUACAACAAGUUGUUACAAUUUCAAUACAACAAUCGACAGAAGCGUGGGUUGGUCGAUGGAGUCGGCUACAUCGCUAACUCAUUGUUUGGAGUGUUAGAUGAGAGAUUCGCAGAGAAGUAUGCAAAAGAUAUCGAGCAGGUGACUCACAAUGAAAAACACCUUCAAAAUUUGAUCAGAAAUCAGACUCUCAUUCUCGAAGCUGAGUCUAACAUCAUACAACGCAAUGAGAAAAUCAUGAACACUCAGUUUACAUUCGUCAGACAGCACCUUCGCAACUUAACUGACGAAAUUAAUCACGUUCGCCUAGAUGUUCAGAACGACCUCUACGUGACGUCAUCAGCAUUAGUAGCAAACAUAAUCAUCUCCAAUUUAAGGCGCAUGCAAGAGACAUUGAUAAAUACAAUCACCGACAUAAGACACGGUCGCAUCGAUACUCAUUUAUUGUCGCCUGAACAACUACAGUAUCAAAUUCUAACUAUAUCAAGUCAACUACAGGGUGAUCUCGCUAUACCUGUAGAACAAAAUCACUUUACCGACAUCUAUAAAAUGUUAAAGGUGUCAUCGAGAUUACAUAACAGCUAUCUAAUCAUUGAAAUCAGAAUACCGCUUGUAAACAAGGAAAUUUAUGAACUUGACAGAGUUAUAACUAUUCCUCAAAACAAAAAUCAGCAGACAUAUUAUAUCAUUCCUAGUCAUCCUUACAUAGCCUUCAAUCUUAGAAAAGAUACGGUUAUGUUCUUAUCAGAUGAUGAUCUGCUUUUAUGCAUUCAUGCCUCUGAAAACAGAAUAUUAUGCUCACUCGAUACGCCUAUAUACGACAUUAGAAUGAAGCAGUCCAUAUGUGAAUUAACUAUUAGUAAUUCAUAUACAAAAACAACACUCUGUAAAUACGAGCAAUCAAGUUGUACGAACAGAUGGAUCAAGUUGCACGCGCGGAACGACUGGCUGUUCUCGUGUUGCCAAGAAUGCAGCGUUCGCAUUUUCUGCACAGCUGGUGUGUCAAUGUUAUCGUUAUCAGGUAACGGCCUUGUCACCCUAGAGCAUGGUUGUGUACUCAGGGACAAUGACCUGUCAAUCUAUACUCACAACAACUACAUGAAUCAUAUGACAGUNUUAAUUCAAAACGAUAUCAAAGUCCCAGAGUUAUCUAUCUUGAACAACAUCAUCAACACCACCAUCACGGAUGAGAUGAUGAUACCAGAGAAUCACACACUCAUGUGGCAGCAGCUUAAAGGAGCAAAUGGAGAACCUGAAAGGACAAUCUUACUCUGA